CAGCACAUUCUUCAAAGCUACAAGGUCUGAAGAUUGACUCGUGCCUCGCGCGUGAAGCCCAGACGCAUUGAGAUAGCCAGCCUGAGGAAUCCCAACCAUGUUACUCUCCAAGGACGACACUCUGCAUUAUACCUACGAUUCCGAACGUGUCCAGAUCGAAGCGUGGGGCCCCAAUGCCCUUCGGGUUCGUGCCACCAAGUUUCAUACUCUUCCGUCGGAGAACUGGGCUUUGACUGUCACGCCUCCAAAGACCGAUGUGUCGAUUUCUAUGCACGACGGACAUGCAUCAAUCAGCAAUGGCAAUGUUUGUGCCACAAUAUCUUCACGCGGCAAGAUCACCAUCAAGAAUGCCAAGGGCGAGCUGUUACUGGAAGAAUACCAGCGCAACCGUUCCGAUGUGGAGGACCCAAAAUGCAGCGCCUUGAUGAUCGAGGCACGUGAGUUCAAGCCCAUACUGGGCGGGGACUACCAUUUGACCUACCGUCUGGAAUCCAUUGAUCGGAACGAGAAGAUCUAUGGCAUGGGCCAGUACCAGCAUCCAUUUCUCGACCUCAAAGGGCUUGACCUUGAGAUGGCCCAGCGCAAUUCUCAAGCGAGCGUUCCCUUCAUGCUCUCGAACCUCGGGUAUGGCAUGCUUUGGAACAACCCAGCCGUCGGCAGAGCUGUCUUGGGGAAGAACACGAUGAGCUUCGAGGCCUAUUCCACGAGGAUACUGGAUUAUUGGGUUGUGGCUUGUGACACUCCCACCCAAAUUGUCGAAGCUUAUGCGGAUAUCACGGGCAAGGUGCCAAUGAUGCCAGAAUACGGACUAGGCUUCUGGCAAUGCAAGUUAAGAUAUCAGACUCAGGAAGAGCUCCUGGAUGUUGCACGAGAGUAUCGAAAACGCGAUUUGCCUCUUGAUGUCAUUGUGGUGGACUUCUUUCAUUGGCCAAAGCAAGGAGAAUGGAAGUUCGACCCGACGUACUGGAAAGACCCCGACGACAUGAUCAAGGAGCUUCAGUCGAUGAACAUUGAGCUCCUCGUAUCCAUCUGGCCCACCGUCGACAAGCGAUCCGAGAACUACGACCAUAUGCUGGAAAACGGACUUCUGAUACGGCAAGACCGAGGGCUGCGGAUCUCAAUGGACUUUCAAGGCGAGACGGUCCACGCCGAUUUCACGAACCCGGCGACGAGAGAGUUUGUCUGGAACACAGUCAAGAAGAAUUACUACGACAAGGGUGUGAAGCUCUUCUGGCUUGACGAAGCAGAGCCGGAGUACAGUGCCUAUGAUUUUGAUGUUUAUCGGUACCAUAGCGGAAGUGUGUUGAGCACAGGAAACGCGUAUCCAGUGGAAUAUGCCAAGGCGUUCUAUGAAGGAAUGGUGAAGGAUGGCAAACAGAAGGAUGUCUGCAAUCUCAUCCGUUGUGCUUGGGCCGGAAGUCAGAGGUUUGGGACGUUGCUGUGGAGUGGUGAUAUUGCGAGCAGCUGGGAGAGUUUUCGAGACCAGUUCGCGGCUGGUCUAAAUGUUGGGAUCGCCGGCAUCCCAUGGUGGACUACGGACAUUGGUGGCUUCCAUGGAGGCAAUCCUAAGCACCCUGAAUUUCGUGAGCUCUGCACUCGGUGGUUUCAGUACGGCUGCUUCUGUCCCGUCUUCCGCCUCCAUGGUGAUCGUGAACCCAAACAGCCUCAACACGGCACCACGGGCGGUGCAACCUGCCUCUCUGGUGCCCCGAAUGAAAUCUGGUGCUACGGCGAAGAGUGUUACCAGAUCAUGAAAAAAUACCUUUUCCUGCGCGAGAGACUCCGUCCGUAUAUCCGCGACCUCAUGGCCCAAGCGCACCAUAAGGGCACACCGGUGAUUAGGACACUGUUCCUGGAGUUUCCUGACGAUAAAGAGUGCUGGGACGUAGAGGACCAAUAUAUGUUUGGACAGAAGUAUCUCGUGGCUCCGGUCAUGUACCCGGGCUUGACAAGGAGGAAUGUGUAUUUGCCCAUAGCGGCCAAGUGGAAGAGGUUUGACGAUGGAGAGGCUAAAGAUGUGCAGAUCUUUGAAGGUGGAAGGAGGGUGGAAGUGGAGUGUCCGCUGGCUGUGAUGCCGGUUUUUGAGAGGGUAUGAAAAGUGAGCAAUUUCGCCGCCGAGGCGGAUACAAAAUGCAGUCCGGUCCGAUUUAGCUGCUGAUGACAGUCAUUUUACUUCGAAGGAUCUAUCUUGUACAUGGA